AUGAUCUAUAGCCGCUCGAUUCCCUUUGUCCUUUUUGCCUUGUUUGGCACAGGACUCACGCAAUCCGUGAAUGGCUUCAACUUUAACAAGCCAACCGGCGGCCCUCCAGGAAGCUAUUUUGCUGCUGGCUCGUCUAUCCCCGUUACUGCUUUGCAGAGCGCUGCUGCAACGGCUAGUACUGCUGUACCCGAUGGUACCUAUCCUAUCAAUAGAGAAAAUGGAGCUCAGGAAGUUACCAUCCAUAGCGACUGGGCGAACUUCAAUCAGGGUGCGGCAUAUGUCUGGAUCGCGGAUAUGGAUGUCGACUGCGACGGUAUUGACUAUAUGUGCAAGGAAGACGCGGACGGCCUGAACCAAACCAAUUUUGGUGCUUUGGCUGCCUAUGAAGUGCCGUUCUUUGUGAUUCCCGACAGGUUCGGAACCCAGUACGCAAAGCAGCUUCCCGGAAAUAACAUCGGUGCAGUGAUCUGUGACGGCAAGAUGUUCUACGGAGUUUACGGGGACUCCAAUGGCGCUACCCCCCAAGUUAUCGGCGAGGCCUCGUGGUUGAUGGCCCGGACUUGCUUCCCCAAUGAUAACUUGAACGGAAACAACGGCCAUGGUGAUGCUGAUGUGACCUAUAUCAUCUUCACUGGCAACAACUCGGUACUCCCUAGCAGUGCUCUCAAUACAAGCUAUGUCACCAACUUCAGCAUACUACGCUCUAUGGGCGACAGGCUUGUGACCUCUCUUGCGCAGAACCUCGGGCUGCCCUACUGGAGGCUUCUGAGUGAGAAGAAAAUUGUGCUGGUGCCUCUUGCAAGACCGAGCAUGGCAGUCAAGUGGUCUGGAAAAGUGGGAAAUGCACGAAUGAGUGAUUGCGACCUGGUAGCUAUGGGGGAUUUGAUCUAA